UCAGUUCCCUUUAUCUCAGUUUGUGUUUGGGUGGCUGUUACUUUGCCAUUUCUAACAGUGGCUGCUCCCAGGAGGCUGGAGCAGUUGGAAGCUCAGUGAAAGAACCAAGGUAGCUGAGGACUGUCCCUGUUACAGAGCCAGCAACUGGGUUCCUGUGGCAUCCGAUUGGACCAUGGAGGCACCCAUUUGUCUCGUGCAAAACUGGGAAGAGCAGCUGACAGUAAAUCUGGAGGCUGUAAGGAUUCUUGAGCAGAUAGCUCAGCCUCUGGUGGUGGUGGCCAUUGUCGGUUUAUAUCGUACAGGGAAGUCCUACCUCAUGAAUCGUCUUGCAGGACGGAACCACGGCUUUUCCCUGGGAUCCACGGUACAAUCCCAAACCAAGGGUAUCUGGAUGUGGUGUGUGCCUCAUCCCACCAAACCAACUCACACCCUGGUCCUUUUGGACACUGAAGGCCUUGGUGAUAUACAAAAGGGUGACCCUAAGAAUGACUCAUGGAUCUUCGCCCUGGCUGUGCUUCUGAGCAGCACCUUUGUCUACAACAGCAUGAGCACCAUCAACCACCAGGCCCUGGAGCAGCUGCACUAUGUGACUGAAUUAACAAAGCUAAUCCAGGCAAAAUCGAGCCCCAGAGAGGAUAAAGUGGAAGACUCUAGUGAAUUUGUAAGUUUCUUCCCAGACUUCAUCUGGGCUGUUCGAGACUUUGUUCUGGAGCUGAAGUUAGAUGGUCGGCCCAUCACAGAAGAUGAGUACCUGGAGAAUGCCCUGAAGCUGAUCCCAGGAAACAAUCCCAAAGUUCAAAAGUCCAACAUGACCAGAGAAUGUAUCCGAUAUUUUUUUCCAGUUCGGAAGUGCUUUGUCUUUGACAGGCCCACAAGCAACAAAAGUUUAUUAUUCCAAAUUGAAAAUAUUCCAGAAAACCAGCUGGAAUGGAGUUUUCAGGUUGAAUCAAAAAAAUUCUGUUCAUACAUCUUCGCCAAUGGCAAGACCAAGACUCUGAGAGGGGGAGUCAUUGUCACAGGAAAUCGGCUGGGGACUUUGGUGCAGAACUAUGUGGAUGCCAUCAACAGUGGGACUGUGCCAUGUUUGGAGAAUGCAGUGAUGACCCUGGCCCAUCAUGAGAACUCCACAGCUCUUCAGAAGGCAGCUGACCACUACAGUGAGCAGAUGGCCCAGCGAGUGAGGCUCCCCACAGACACGCUCCAGGAGCUGCUGGAUGUGCAUGCAGCCUGUGAGAAGGAAGCCAUUGCUGUCUUCAUGGAGCACUCCUUCAAAGAUGAGAGUCAGCAAUUCCAGAAGAGGCUGGUGGCCACCAUAGAGGAAAGGAAGGAAGAGUUCAUGCGACAGAAUGAGGCAGCAUCUAUCCAUCACUGCCAGGCUGAGCUGGAGAAGCUUUCCGAGUCCCUGAGGAAGAGCAUCUCAUGUGGAGCCUUCUCUGUUCCUGGGGGACACAGCCUCUACUUAGAAGACAGGAAGAAGGUUGAGCUGGGCUAUGAGCAAGUGCCCAGGAAGGGAGUAAAGGCAAAAGAGGUACUUAUGAGUUUCCUGCAGUCACAGGCUACUAUGGAGGACACCAUCCUGCAGACAGACAAAGCACUUACAGAUGGAGAGAGGGCCAUAGCAGUUGAGCGGACAAAGAGGGAGGUGGCUGAGAAGGAACGAGAGCUUCUGAGGCAGAGACAGAAGGAGCAAGAGCAAGUAAUGGAGGCUCAGGAGAGAAGCUUCCGAGAAAACAUUGCUAAACUUCAGGAGAAGAUGGAGAGGGAAAGGGAGAUCCUGCUGAGGGAGCAGGAGAAGAUGCUGGAGCACAAGCUGAAGAUCCAAGAAGAACUCCUUAUGGAAGGAUUCAGAAAGAAAUCUGAUAUGUUAAAGAAUGAAAUAAGUCAACUGAGAGAAGAGAUGGAAAGAACAAGAAAGAAAUCCUCACUGUUUUCUAACAUCUUUGACACAGUUGGCAAUGCAUUCAUUAUGAUUUUACCAGGAGCUGGUAAACUAUGUGGAGCAGGGCUGAAACUCCUCAGCUCACUUACAAGGUAGUCUGAAGAGUGUCUGUGAAGGAAUUUAUAAAAACCAGACUCCUAUUAUUUUGACACCAAACUCUGUGCCUUUAUUUUUAAAUAUAUUUGCUACUUUAUGACCAUUGUUAUGAAGAAGGUCAGAACUCCCAAUUAAUAGCUAAAUAAAAAGAUACUGCUUCA